AUGGCGCGGAACGUUGAGAAGGGAAGGUCGAUGCUGAAUCAGUGGCUGAAGGCCAAGGAGCUGAGUGAACAGAAAAGUUUUUUUAAAAUUCCCAAGAGGGUUAACGAAGUGGAAGAUUUGGAGACUGCUGUGUCGUGCCGCAGACAUAUCAUCAAAGAAAUAUGCAACAAGAUAAAGGAAAUCCAAAACUACAGUUUGAGCGACCAACAUAUAAGGGAGCUGAACGACCAAAUAAAUAAAUUAAUUUCCAUCAAAAAUAAGUGGGAAAUUCGUAUAAUAGAGCUCGGUGGCCCGGACUACCAAACGGAGUCCAACACACUAAUCAACGCGCACUGUAGCGAGCUGAAGGGAAACAACAACUACAAGUACUUCGGGGCGGCGAAAAACUUGAAGGGCGUCAAGGAACUACUAUUAAAGGAAAACGAUGAUCGGAAGAAAUUCAUUUUAAAAAAAAAAAAGGAAAACAGGUUUUUCGAUAAGUAUGUAAAUAUUCAUUACUUCGGUUAUUGUGAUGAUCAAAAUGAAAUGCUACUGAGGGAAGAAUUGAAAAUGCAGGAUCAACUCGAAAAAAAAGAUUUAAAAACAUUAAAAAGGAUGAGGUCACUAAAAAAUUAUAAUUAA